GCUGGAAGAGGAAUGGAGGCGAGAAAGGCAAGGAAGGAGAGACAGAGGAGCCGAGAAAACCGCGGCCAAGAUGGAGAAGAAGGUGUCCAAGAGGGCGAAGAAGGAGGAGGAGGAUCUCGAGGCUCUCAUCGCUGAGUUCCAGACCCUAGAUGCUAAAAAGGUGCAAGUGCUCGAAACCACCUGCCCCCCACCUCCCCCAAGACUCAACGCAUCCCUUUCUACACAUCCUGAGAAGAGGCAGACUAAUUCUGUUUGGAGGUGAAUAUUUCAAUGGCCAAAAAACUUUCCUUUACAACGAGCUCUUUAUUUACAACAUUCGGAAGAACAGCUGGGCUAAAAUCGACAUCCCAAACCCGCCUCCCCCGCGCUGCGCUCAUCAGGCUGUGGUGGUCGCGCAGGGCGGUGGGCAACUUUGGGUGUUUGGCGGAGAGUUUGCUUCACCAGAUGGGGAGCAGUUUUACCACUACAAGGACCUCUGGGUCCUGCAUUUGGCCAGCAAGACGUGGGAGCAGAUCAAGGCUCCUGGAGGUCCUUCCAGCCGCAGCGGGCAUCGCAUGGUGGUGUGCAAGAGAUACCUGAUCGUGUUCGGAGGAUUCCAUGAAAGCACCAGAGAUUACAUCUACUACAACGACACUUAUUCCUUUAACCUGGACACUUUUGCCUGGGCCAAGCUGACUCCUUCAGGGUUGGCUCCAUCGCCACGGUCCGGCUGCCAGCUGUCCACCACUCCGGAAGGCGGCAUCCUCGUCUACGGAGGCUACUCCAAGCAGCGAGUUAAAAAAGACGUGGACAAGGGCAGUCUCCACACGGACAUGUUCCUGUUGAAGGCCGAAGGCUCAGACAAAUGGACGUGGGUUCGUCUGAAUCCUUCGGGUGUAAAACCUACAUCUCGGUCUGGCUUCUCCGUGGCUAUCUGCCCAAACAACCAGACCCUUCUCUUUGGUGGGGUCCAUGACGAAGAAGAGGAGGAAAGCCUCGAGGGCGAUUUCUUCAACGAUAUUUAUUUCUAUGACCUGGCGAAGAACCGGUGGUUCCCUGGAAACCUAAAGGGGCCAAAAACUGAAAAGAAGAAGAGAAGGCGGGGCCAAGGGGUGGAGCCUUCUGCCUCAGCUCUGCCCGAGGGCUCUGGGGAGAUCCCUCCGAUCCCCGUGGAGAUCGUAAAGGAGGUGGUGGCCGAAGAUGGAACCGUCAUGACCAUUAAGGAGACAAUCUCAGCACCCGGCAUGGAGCAGCAGAGCUCAGAGUCCGAGAGCGAAGAAGAUGGCACGGGAGACGAGGCCUCCGGCCAGCAGGUGGGGCCGUGCCCACGUUCAAAUGCCAUGCUGGCAGUCAAGCACGGAGUGCUCUACAUCUACGGGGGGAUGUUUGAGGUGGGAGACCGCCAGUUCACGCUCAAUGACCUCUACUCCCUUGACAUCCACAAGAUGGAAGAAUGGAAGGUCCUAGUGGAGAUGGACCCCAAAACGCAAGAGUGGCUUGAAGAAUCUGAGUCAGAUGAAGGAGAAGAGGUGGAGGGGGCCGAAGGAGGCGAGGAGGAAGAAGAUGAAGACGAGGAGGAGGAGAGUGACGAGGAAGAUGAAGCUAGAGAAGAGGAAGAGCACCCAGCCAUCCAGCACGAUGAAAAGUACACAGACUAUCUCUCCAGGACGGAGCAGUACUGGGUGAAACUGGCCCGCCAGCACCUGGGCGCUGAAGCCAAGGAGAAGAAGGCGGUAAAAGUGGGCCAUGCCAUGGCAAAGACCUUCUAUGAAGGGUCGGCCUAGAGGAGGGUUUUCUGCCGCUAAUCAAGGUCUGCAGGAACAGGGAGAGUACUGAGCUCCGUGCAUGCAGCUGGGCCCCCGCAGCAAGCGCUGUUUGCCUCGGGAAGGCAGAAAUGUCUUUUUUGCUUAGUGCCGAUCUUUGCCUUUCCUGAUACCCGUCAGCAAAACACUGGUAAGCAGGUGGACGCAGCUCCAGAACUCUCAGCCAGAACUGUCAGUCACCAAUGGCCAAGCUGCAUGAUGAUGUUUCUAUGUCCUGGAUCACUGUCAAGGAGCACUGUGUGUUUAGAUCAGGGGUCUUCAAACUAUGGCCCUCC